CCAGCAGAUAGAAGUGGAUCAGAUUUAGAUAUAAUCUAUUCAAGAUUAAAAGAUAUCAAAGCCCUGGAAAAAUUCCACCCGCUUCUGCUUCAACAGAUCUGUUACUAUGGUUACUAUGAAGAUCUGGAAAAAGGCGUUACAUUGUUUCGUCAAGGUGACAUUGGCACCAAUUGGUAUACAGUGUUAUCAGGAUCUCUGGAAGUGACAGUGUCUGAGACUGGCAAAAAACAGGAUGCUGUUACGUUAUGUAUAUUGGGACCUGGGACAUCGUUUGGUGAAUCUAUAUUAACCAAUAAACCUCGUCAUGCUACAGUCGUUACGAGAGAUUAUACAGAAUUAAUACGUGUUGAACAGAAAGAUUUCAAAAUUCUAUGGGAGGUAGGUUUUUUUCACACCUACGAACUGGAGCCUUAUUCACGAGAAAAUUAA